AGCGUUGCAUUAUUCAAUCAUAGACGGAGCUGAGAGUGUAAAGUGUGAAAAUGCUGGGUGUGUUUAGCAGGGAAGUGGCGGAUCCGCCGGAGGAGUUGGUGGCGGCCGGGAGCCGCACGCCGUCGCCGAAGACUCGAGCCUCAGAGCUAGUGAACCGGUUUGUCAACAAGAGCUCGCCGGCGGAGGUGGUCUCGCUUCAGCUCGGCUCAGACGGUUAUCUUGUCCACUCUCGCGUCGGCGAUUCACCCUUCCGCCCAAGAUUAUUUGCUGUAAAAGAUGAUAUCUUCUGCAUAUUUGAAGGAAUACUAGACAACCUAGGAAACUUGAUUCAACAUUACGGCCUCUCUAAAAACUCAAAUGAGGUUUUACUGGUGAUAGAGGCCUACAAGGCUCUCCGAGACAGAGCUCCUUAUCCUGCCAGCUUCAUGCUUGGCCAUUUGAAUGGAAACUUUGCUUUUGUGCUCUUUGACAGAAAGACUUCAACCAUCCUUGUAGCUUCUGAUGCUGAUGCUAAAGUUCCUUUGUUCUGGGGAAUUACAGCAGAUGGGUGCCUUGCUUUUGCUGAUGAUGUUGAAAUACUAAAAGGGUCAUGUGGCAAGUCACUUGCUCCAUUUCCUCAUGGAUGCUUUUAUUCGAAUUCUCUUGGUGGAUUGAAAAGUUAUGAGCAUCCUAAGAACAAGGUGACCGCAACUUUGGCAGCUGAUGAAGAAAUCUGUGGCGCCACCUUUAAUGUGGAAGGAGCUUCUACAAUUGUCACAGCCAUGCAUUAGAAGCUCAUUCUACGCAUGGAAAGGGAUCUAAUUAAUGUGAAUAAGGGAGAAAAUAAAGGAGUUGGUGUGUUUGUGUCUUAGGCUUUGUUUGGGACGACUUUUUUACUGCUUCUUGAAGCAGCUUUCUAGUACAAAAUAUUUAAUUUUUGUACUAAAAAACUAUUUCAAGAAGCAGGAAAAAAGCCGUCCCAAACGAAGCCUUAGUGAGCUUGCUAGUCUUUGUAUUCAGUGUUGUCCUUUGUGACUUGAGAAAUGUUUUCUUUAAUGCUUUUCAUUGUAAAUGAAGUUUUUAUCCAUGUAGGCCAAUUUAAGAACAAGUAGGUAAGAUGGAACUAUUUUGUUUC